GACUCGCUGCCUAAUUAUUUGGCACAGCCCUGGAGCAAAGCCACAGUUUCUCCUUCACGUUUCUCUUGAGGCACUGAGACAGAGUCUGCAGUGGGAAAGCCUGAGUCUCAUCUCUUAAAGAAAAAUAAAAACAGUAGACCACAUUUCUGAACUAAAGGAGACAAUGGCAAACCAAGAAAAGAGUGAUACCCAUCUGACAGGCAUCAUGGGUGAAAAGCAGUACAGCAAUGGAGAGCCUGGUUUAAAUCCAAAAUUCCAAGGUCUCAGAAGACAGGUCACAGCCAGUCAGCUAUUAGAGGCUGAAAUCAUUGAGAAGGAGCUGGUGGAUCAACUGAAUCAAGGAAAAGUGACUUUUGAAGGAGUUAACAAAAUGGAAUCAGUGCAAAAGUACCUGCAAGGAACCAACAGCAUUGCAGGAGUGCUAGUGCAGUCCUCCACAGAGAAGAUGAGUAUCUACCAGGCCAUGAGGAAAGGGAUUCUGAGACCAGGCACUGCACUGAUUCUCCUGGAAGCCCAGGCCGCAACUGGAUUUCUCAUUGACCCAGUGAAGAAUAAAAAGCUGUCUGUAGAACAAGCAGUGGCUGAAGGACUGGUGGGCACAGAACUGAAAGAUAAACUCUUGUCAGCAGAGAGGGCUGUCACUGGGUACACUGAUCCUUACACUAAGAAGACAAUCUCCUUGUUCCAAGCCUUGAAAAAAGACCUGAUAGUAAAGGAUCACGGGAUACGCCUGCUGGAAGCUCAGAUCGCCACUGGGGGCAUCAUUGACCCGAUCAACAGCCACCGUGUGCCUGUGGAGGUGGCCUACAAGCGGGGAUACUUUGAUGAAGAGAUGAGUCUGAUUCUCUCUGACCCAAGCGAUGACACCAAAGGGUUUUUCGACCCCAACACUCACGAGAAUCUCACCUACUUGCAGCUGCUGGAGAGGGGUGUAAAAGAUCCACAAACCGGACUCUGCUUACUUAGCCUGGUUAAGGAAGGAGAACGGUAUGUUUACAAUGAUGCACAAAUGCAGAGUGCCCUCAAGUCAGCUACAACCAACAGGGUAGCAGGGAAGUUCAAGGGCCAGACAGUUUCCAUCUGGGAACUGCUCUAUUCUGAAUACAUCACUGAGGAGAAAAGGAGAGAGCUUCUGCAGCAGUACAAGUCGGGAAGUUUGACAAUUCAGCAAUUCACAGAGACCAUCAUUACCAUGGUUGAGCAGAGUAUUAAAACAACAACCACGACGACAACAACAACAACAACAACCACAAAAACAGAAACCGACUCAAAAUUCCAAGGUCUCAGAAGACAGGUCACAGCCAGACAGCUAUUAGAGUCUAAAAUCAUUCAGAAGGGGCUGUUUGAUCAACUGAAGCAAGGAAUGGUGACUUUUGAAGCAGUCAACAAAAUGGAAUCAGUGCAGAAGUACCUGCAAGGAACCAACAGCAUUGCAGGAGUGCUAGUGCAGUCCUCCACAGAGAAGAUGAGUAUCUACCAGGCCAUGAGGAAAGGAAUUCUGAGACCAGGCACUGCACUGAUUCUCCUGGAAGCCCAGGCCGCAACUGGAUUUCUUAUUGACCCAGUGAAGAAUAAAAAGCUGUCUGUAGAACAAGCAGUGGCUGAAGGACUGGUGGGCACAGAACUGAAAGAUAAACUCUUGUCAGCAGAGAGGGCUGUCACUGGGUACACUGAUUCUUACACUAAGAAGACAAUCUCCUUGUUCCAAGCCUUGAAAAAAGACCUGAUAGUAAAGGAUCACGGGAUACGCCUGCUGGAAGCUCAGAUCGCCACUGGGGGCAUCAUUGACCCGAUCAACAGCCACCGUGUGCCUGUGGAGGUGGCCUACAAGCGGGGAUACUUUGAUGAAGAGAUGAGUCUGAUUCUCUCUGACCCAAGCGAUGACACCAAAGGGUUUUUCGACCCCAACACUCACGAGAAUCUCACCUACUUGCAGCUGCUGGAGAGGGGUGUAAAAGAUCCACAAACCGGACUCUGCUUACUUAGCCUGGUUAAGGAAGGAGAACGGUAUGUUUACAAUGAUGCACAAAUGCAGAGUGCCCUCAAGUCAGCUACAACCAACAGGGUAGCAGGGAAGUUCAAGGGCCAGACAGUUUCCAUCUGGGAACUGCUCUAUUCUGAAUACAUCACCGAGGAGAAAAGGAGAGAGCUUCUGCAGCAGUACAAGUCGGGAAGUUUGACAAUUCAGCAAUUCAUAGAGACCAUCAUUACCAUGGUUGAGCAGAGUAUUAAAACAACAACCACGACGACAACAACAACAACAACCACAAAAACAGAAACCGACUCAAAAUUCCAAGGUCUCAGAAGACAGGUCACAGCCAGACAGCUAUUAGAGUCUAAAAUCAUUCAGAAGGAGCUGUUUGAUCAACUGAAACAAGGAAUGGUGACUUUUGAAGCAGUCAACAAAAUGGAAUCAGUGCAGAAGUACCUGCAAGGAACCAACAGCAUUGCAGGAGUGCUAGUGCAGUCCUCCACAGAGAAGAUGAGUAUCUACCAGGCCAUGAGGAAAGGAAUUCUGAGACCAGGCACUGCACUGAUUCUCCUGGAAGCCCAGGCCGCAACUGGAUUUCUCAUUGACCCAGUGAAGAAUAAAAAGCUGUCUGUAGAACAAGCAGUGGCUGAAGGACUGGUGGGCACAGAACUGAAAGAUAAACUCUUGUCAGCAGAGAGGGCUGUCACUGGUUACACUGAUCCUUACACUAAGAAGACAAUCUCCUUGUUCCAAGCCUUGAAAAAAGACCUGAUAGUAAAGGAUCACGGGAUACGCCUGCUGGAAGCUCAGAUCGCCACUGGGGGCAUCAUUGACCCGAUCAACAGCCACCGUGUGCCUGUGGAGGUGGCCUACAAGCGGGGAUACUUUGAUGAAGAGAUGAGUCUGAUUCUCUCUGACCCAAGCGAUGACACCAAAGGGUUUUUCGACCCCAACACUCACGAGAAUCUCACCUACAUGCAGCUGCUGGAGAGGGGUGUAAAAGAUCCACAAACCGGACUCUGCUUACUUAGCCUGGUUAAGGAAGGAGAACGGUAUGUUUACAAUGAUGCACAAAUGCAGAGUGCCCUCAAGUCAGCUACAACCAACAGGGUAGCAGGGAAGUUCAAGGGCCAGACAGUUUCCAUCUGGGAACUGCUCUAUUCUGAAUACAUCACCGAGGAGAAAAGGAGAGAGCUUCUGCAGCAGUACAAGUCGGGAAGUUUGACAAUUCAGCAAUUCACAGAGACCAUCAUUACCAUGGUUGAGCAGAGUAUUAAAACAACAACCACGACGACAACAACAACAACAACCACAAAAACAGAAACCGACUCAAAAUUCCAAGGUCUCAGAAGACAGGUCACAGCCAGACAGCUAUUAGAGUCUAAAAUCAUUCAGAAGGGGCUGUUUGAUCAACUGAAGCAAGGAAUGGUGACUUUUGAAGCAGUCAACAAAAUGGAAUCAGUGCAGAAGUACCUGCAAGGAACCAACAGCAUUGCAGGAGUGCUAGUGCAGUCCUCCACAGAGAAGAUGAGUAUCUACCAGGCCAUGAGGAAAGGAAUUCUGAGACCAGGCACUGCACUGAUUCUCCUGGAAGCCCAGGCCGCAACUGGAUUUCUUAUUGACCCAGUGAAGAAUAAAAAGCUGUCUGUAGAACAAGCAGUGGCUGAAGGACUGGUGGGCACAGAACUGAAAGAUAAACUCUUGUCAGCAGAGAGGGCUGUCACUGGGUACACUGAUCCUUACACUAAGAAGACAAUCUCCUUGUUCCAAGCCUUGAAAAAAGACCUGAUAGUAAAGGAUCACGGGAUACGCCUGCUGGAAGCUCAGAUCGCCACUGGGGGCAUCAUUGACCCGAUCAACAGCCACCGUGUGCCUGUGGAGGUGGCCUACAAGCGGGGAUACUUUGAUGAAGAGAUGAGUCUGAUUCUCUCUGACCCAAGCGAUGACACCAAAGGGUUUUUCGACCCCAACACUCACGAGAAUCUCACCUACUUGCAGCUGCUGGAGAGGGGUGUAAAAGAUCCACAAACCGGACUCUGCUUACUUAGCCUGGUUAAGGAAGGAGAACGGUAUGUUUACAAUGAUGCACAAAUGCAGAGUGCCCUCAAGUCAGCUACAACCAACAGGGUAGCAGGGAAGUUCAAGGGCCAGACAGUUUCCAUCUGGGAACUGCUCUAUUCUGAAUACAUCACCGAGGAGAAAAGGAGAGAGCUUCUGCAGCAGUACAAGUCGGGAAGUUUGACAAUUCAGCAAUUCACAGAGACCAUCAUUACCAUGGUUGAGCAGAGUAUUAAAACAACAACCACGACGACAACAACAACAACAACCACAAAAACAGAAACCGACUCAAAAUUCCAAGGUCUCAGAAGACAGGUCACAGCCAGUCAGCUAUUAGUGUCUAAAAUCAUUGAGAAGGAGCUGUUUGAUCAACUGAAACAAGGAAUGGUGACUUUUGAAGCAGUCAACAAAAUGGAAUCAGUGCAGAAGUACCUGCAAGGAACCAACAGCAUUGCAGGAGUGCUAGUGCAGUCCUCCACAGAGAAGAUGAGUAUCUACCAGGCCAUGAGGAAAGGAAUUCUGAGACCAGGCACUGCACUGAUUCUCCUGGAAGCCCAGGCCGCAACUGGAUUUCUUAUUGACCCAGUGAAGAAUAAAAAGCUGUCUGUAGAACAAGCAGUGGCUGAAGGACUGGUGGGCACAGAACUGAAAGAUAAACUCUUGUCAGCAGAGAGGGCUGUCACUGGGUACACUGAUCCUUACACUAAGAAUACAAUCUCCUUGUUCCAAGCCUUGAAAAAAGACCUGAUAGUAAAGGAUCACGGGAUACGCCUGCUGGAAGCUCAGAUCGCCACUGGGGGCAUCAUUGACCCGAUCAACAGCCACCGUGUGCCUGUGGAGGUGGCCUACAAGCGGGGAUACUUUGAUGAAGAGAUGAGUCUGAUUCUCUCUGACCCAAGCGAUGACACCAAAGGGUUUUUCGACCCCAACACUCACGAGAAUCUCACCUACUUGCAGCUGCUGGAGAGGGGUGUAAAAGAUCCACAAACCGGACUCUGCUUACUUAGCCUGGUUAAGGAAGGAGAACGGUAUGUUUACAAUGAUGCACAAAUGCAGAGUGCCCUCAAGUCAGCUACAACCAACAGGGUAGCAGGGAAGUUCAAGGGCCAGACAGUUUCCAUCUGGGAACUGCUCUAUUCUGAAUACAUCACCGAGGAGAAAAGGAGAGAGCUUCUGCAGCAGUACAAGUCGGGAAGUUUGACAAUUCAGCAAUUCACAGAGACCAUCAUUACCAUGGUUGAGCAGAGUAUUAAAACAACAACCACGACGACAACAACAACAACAACCACAAAAACAGAAACCGACUCAAAAUUCCAAGGUCUCAGAAGACAGGUCACAGCCAGUCAGCUAUUAGUGUCUAAAAUCAUUGAGAAGGAGCUGUUUGAUCAACUGAAACAAGGAAUGGUGACUUUUGAAGCAGUCAACAAAAUGGAAUCAGUGCAGAAGUACCUGCAAGGAACCAACAGCAUUGCAGGAGUGCUAGUGCAGUCCUCCACAGAGAAGAUGAGUAUCUACCAGGCCAUGAGGAAAGGAAUUCUGAGACCAGGCACUGCACUGAUUCUCCUGGAAGCCCAGGCCGCAACUGGAUUUCUUAUUGACCCAGUGAAGAAUAAAAAGCUGUCUGUAGAACAAGCAGUGGCUGAAGGACUGGUGGGCACAGAACUGAAAGAUAAACUCUUGUCAGCAGAGAGGGCUGUCACUGGGUACACUGAUCCUUACACUAAGAAUACAAUCUCCUUGUUCCAAGCCUUGAAAAAAGACCUGAUAGUAAAGGAUCACGGGAUACGCCUGCUGGAAGCUCAGAUCGCCACUGGGGGCAUCAUUGACCCGAUCAACAGCCACCGUGUGCCUGUGGAGGUGGCCUACAAGCGGGGAUACUUUGAUGAAGAGAUGAGUCUGAUUCUCUCUGACCCAAGCGAUGACACCAAAGGGUUUUUCGACCCCAACACUCACGAGAAUCUCACCUACUUGCAGCUGCUGGAGAGGGGUGUAAAAGAUCCACAAACCGGACUCUGCUUACUUAGCCUGGUUAAGGAAGGAGAACGGUAUGUUUACAAUGAUGCACAAAUGCAGAGUGCCCUCAAGUCAGCUACAACCAACAGGGUAGCAGGGAAGUUCAAGGGCCAGACAGUUUCCAUCUGGGAACUGCUCUAUUCUGAAUACAUCACCGAGGAGAAAAGGAGAGAGCUUCUGCAGCAGUACAAGUCGGGAAGUUUGACAAUUCAGCAAUUCACAGAGACCAUCAUUACCAUGGUUGAGCAGAGUAUUAAAACAACAACCACGACGACAACAACAACAACAACCACAAAAACAGAAACCGACUCAAAAUUCCAAGGUCUCAGAAGACAGGUCACAGCCAGACAGCUAUUAGAGUCUAAAAUCAUUCAGAAGGGGCUGUUUGAUCAACUGAAGCAAGGAAUGGUGACUUUUGAAGCAGUCAACAAAAUGGAAUCAGUGCAGAAGUACCUGCAAGGAACCAACAGCAUUGCAGGAGUGCUAGUGCAGUCCUCCACAGAGAAGAUGAGUAUCUACCAGGCCAUGAGGAAAGGAAUUCUGAGACCAGGCACUGCACUGAUUCUCCUGGAAGCCCAGGCCGCAACUGGAUUUCUUAUUGACCCAGUGAAGAAUAAAAAGCUGUCUGUAGAACAAGCAGUGGCUGAAGGACUGGUGGGCACAGAACUGAAAGAUAAACUCUUGUCAGCAGAGAGGGCUGUCACUGGGUACACUGAUCCUUACACUAAGAAGACAAUCUCCUUGUUCCAAGCCUUGAAAAAAGACCUGAUAGUAAAGGAUCACGGGAUACGCCUGCUGGAAGCUCAGAUCGCCACUGGGGGCAUCAUUGACCCGAUCAACAGCCACCGUGUGCCUGUGGAGGUGGCCUACAAGCGGGGAUACUUUGAUGAAGAGAUGAGUCUGAUUCUCUCUGACCCAAGCGAUGACACCAAAGGGUUUUUCGACCCCAACACUCACGAGAAUCUCACCUACUUGCAGCUGCUGGAGAGGGGUGUAAAAGAUCCACAAACCGGACUCUGCUUACUUAGCCUGGUUAAGGAAGGAGAACGGUAUGUUUACAAUGAUGCACAAAUGCAGAGUGCCCUCAAGUCAGCUACAACCAACAGGGUAGCAGGGAAGUUCAAGGGCCAGACAGUUUCCAUCUGGGAACUGCUCUAUUCUGAAUACAUCACCGAGGAGAAAAGGAGAGAGCUUCUGCAGCAGUACAAGUCGGGAAGUUUGACAAUUCAGCAAUUCACAGAGACCAUCAUUACCAUGGUUGAGCAGAGUAUUAAAACAACAACCACGACGACAACAACAACAACAACCACAAAAACAGAAACUGACUCAAAAUUCCAAGGUCUCAGAAGACAGGUCACAGCCAGACAGCUAUUAGAGUCUAAAAUCAUUCAGAAGGAGCUGUUUGAUCAACUGAAACAAGGAAUGGUGACUUUUGAAGCAGUCAACAAAAUGGAAUCAGUGCAGAAGUACCUGCAAGGAACCAACAGCAUUGCAGGAGUGCUAGUGCAGUCCUCCACAGAGAAGAUGAGUAUCUACCAGGCCAUGAGGAAAGGAAUUCUGAGACCAGGCACUGCACUGAUUCUCCUGGAAGCCCAGGCCGCAACUGGAUUUCUCAUUGACCCAGUGAAGAAUAAAAAGCUGUCUGUAGAACAAGCAGUGGCUGAAGGACUGGUGGGCACAGAACUGAAAGAUAAACUCUUGUCAGCAGAGAGGGCUGUCACUGGGUACACUGAUCCUUACACUAAGAAGACAAUCUCCUUGUUCCAAGCCUUGAAAAAAGACCUGAUAGUAAAGGAUCACGGGAUACGCCUGCUGGAAGCUCAGAUCGCCACUGGGGGCAUCAUUGACCCGAUCAACAGCCACCGUGUGCCUGUGGAGGUGGCCUACAAGCGGGGAUACUUUGAUGAAGAGAUGAGUCUGAUUCUCUCUGACCCAAGCGAUGACACCAAAGGGUUUUUCGACCCCAACACUCACGAGAAUCUCACCUACUUGCAGCUGCUGGAGAGGGGUGUAAAAGAUCCACAAACCGGACUCUGCUUACUUAGCCUGGUUAAGGAAGGAGAACGGUAUGUUUACAAUGAUGCACAAAUGCAGAGUGCCCUCAAGUCAGCUACAACCAACAGGGUAGCAGGGAAGUUCAAGGGCCAGACAGUUUCCAUCUGGGAACUGCUCUAUUCUGAAUACAUCACCGAGGAGAAAAGGAGAGAGCUUCUGCAGCAGUACAAGUCGGGAAGUUUAACAAUUCAGCAAUUCACAGAGACCAUCAUUACCAUGGUUGAGCAGAGUAUUAAAACAACAACCACGACGACAACAACAACAACAACCACAAAAACAGAAACCGACUCAAAAUUCCAAGGUCUCAGAAGACAGGUCACAGCCAGUCAGCUAUUAGUGUCUAAAAUCAUUGAGAAGGAGCUGUUUGAUCAACUGAAACAAGGAAUGGUGACUUUUGAAGCAGUCAACAAAAUGGAAUCAGUGCAGAAGUACCUGCAAGGAACCAACAGCAUUGCAGGAGUGCUAGUGCAGUCCUCCACAGAGAAGAUGAGUAUCUACCAGGCCAUGAGGAAAGGAAUUCUGAGACCAGGCACUGCACUGAUUCUCCUGGAAGCCCAGGCCGCAACUGGAUUUCUUAUUGACCCAGUGAAGAAUAAAAAGCUGUCUGUAGAACAAGCAGUGGCUGAAGGACUGGUGGGCACAGAACUGAAGCAGAAACUCUUGUCAGCAGAGAGGGCUGUCACUGGGUACACUGAUCCUUACACUAAGAAUACAAUCUCCUUGUUCCAAGCCUUGAAAAAAGACCUGAUAGUAAAGGAUCACGGGAUACGCCUGCUGGAAGCUCAGAUCGCCACUGGGGGCAUCAUUGACCCGAUCAACAGCCACCGUGUGCCUGUGGAGGUGGCCUACAAGCGGGGAUACUUUGAUGAAGAGAUGAGUCUGAUUCUCUCUGACCCAAGCGAUGACACCAAAGGGUUUUUCGACCCCAACACUCACGAGAAUCUCACCUACAUGCAGCUGCUGGAGAGGGGUGUAAAAGAUCCACAAACCGGACUCUGCCUACUUAGCUUGAAGAAAUAAAAUAAUAAUAAUAAUUAAUAUGGAAUAGAAAUUACAUUUUAAAUAUUAUGUGGACAAGCAGGGCUUGAAUUUCAGCGCAGAAUCGUGGGAAUCGUGCAUUUUCCAAGUUGCUACCGCAUACCUGUAACUUUCAGUGCAGGAAAAUCCUGCAGAGAUAUUUUAAGACUCCAGUGCAUUUUUCACUACAACAAUUUCUAAGGAAGUGGGUGUCAGUGACGAAAGCACUAUGAGCCACAUUCUGAGUAGUUCUGUAUAAAAUAAAUGCAUAAAUAUAAGUAGUGUUCGAUAUUUUAAAUGCCGCAAGACUUUAUUCUCUCGUAUGUGAUUCUCGGUCGCCAUCUUUAAGCAUUAUAGAAACUCAGUAACCCUGCAGUAAGUAAACAGUUUUGAAAAAAAAAACAAUAUUAAAUCUGUCUAGGUGUUGUUUUGAAAGCGGUGACUUUCACUUAAAAAAAUAGAAAUGGAGCGCUGGUUAAAAAGAAAAGCACCUUUUACUUCUGCUGCAGGCAAAGAAAAAGUUUGCAGGAGCCAUUAAAUGAAAACAGUGCAGAAUGUACAACACAAACAAACGAUAGCAGUGAAGGGAAAGGCAAAAAAGGUACAUUUCUGCCAAACUGGCAUAAGAUUUACCCAUGGCUGGAGUUUAAAAUGAGCUGUUCAGUCUGCAGUCUCUAUGCAACUGUAACGUUUGCUAGCCGCUUUUACAAAAAGUCUACAUUAUUGAGACAUUCUAGUGGCAGUACACACAACACAGCUUUAAAAAAGGAAAAGUGAAGUGGAAACUUCACAUCAGGCAACGGCAAGAGCAAUGGAGAGGGCGCUGUCUCACAGUGAUGAACAGCUGUAGGUCUCCUGGAAGCAGCUUAUUUUAAAGCAACACCAGUGUUCCCCCCUAAAAUUUUAGAAUCCCCCCAUUGGCUGCAGCAUAGGGGGGGAAAUCCCCCCAGCACACAAAAAUCAAAUUCAAGCCCUAACUAGGUUUACUCUGAUAUUCUGAUAUCAGUACGUCUUUAUAAGAUAUUAAAACAUAUCCGCAAAACAAUAUUUUCUAUUUACCAUGGUGAAAAUAAUUGAGUUAACCCACAUAUUAACCUCAAAUGGGUUUAACUUUUUUAUAUGGCAAUAAAGAUGUGUUGAAUUUGACAGGUGUUUUUCGCUAUCUUUCUAAAUGCAUACAAUAAAUUGAAAAUUGUA